AUGGGAAAGUUUGAAGAGGCUGGGAAGGUCUCGGAAAAGUCGUUGGAUAUGAAAGACGAGAUAGACCGAGAGCAUCCAAUACCCGCAUUUGAGCGUGCAAUUUCUAUGCAGUGCCUUGCCUAUGUUCUUCUAGCCCAGGGUAACAUUGAUGAGGCGGUGGAUAAUGAGUCGCAGAACUUUGCUUUGGGUCCUGGACCUUUGGAGAUCAUCAAUGAUGUUCGUGGAAAGGAGACCGACUUUAAUCUCGACGACAAUGGCUUUGCAAUUAUCAAAACGGACCCCCCGAAUUUCGUAUUUGACAAACUUAUCAUAGAGGAGGAAUAUAUUCCUUUUGUGCAUGAUUUGCUUCAGUCGAUUGACCCAGGGGCUGAAACAUUUGUCUUUGACUGGAAGGUUGGUUCGACUCAAGCUCCCGUUGAAAUCGCCAUCAUCAUUAUCAUCUCCUUCUUCCCAUGGCGCUGA